CAGAGAGGAGCGCGCGAGGAGGAACACGAGACGCGUUUGACUCGGUGGAAAGAAACAACAACAUAACACGCAGCGACUCAUGGAAAUAGAGGAAUUACUUUGACUUUGUUUGGUUUUUUGACGUCCAGAUCGAGAGCGACGUUUCGUUACGAUGAGCGCGUGAGCUGGUUGGCAGCCGAUUUAUUUAAAUAUUUUCUAAAUAAGAAAGACUCUGACUCGUCCAUAGAGAAGAUAACAGCGUAUGCAAAGCAUGAUGUCGUCCACUGAAGAGCCGUCUGGCACGGUCCUGCACCGGCUCAUCCAGGAGCAGCUGCGCUACGGAAACCCCACAGACACCCGCACCUUAUUAGCCAUCCAGCAGCAGGCCCUGCGUGGAGGCAGUGGAAGUGGACCCAGCAGCGGAGGCGACAUGGGCAGGAGCCCACAGUCCUCUUUGGAGAGUCUCACCCAGGAGGACCCUCCGUUCCCUCAGCUCUCCGCCAGGCAGGAGCCCCAGGGCCAGGAGCACCAAGGCGACUACCACCACUCAGAAAGUGGCUACCAGCUCUGCCAGCUGCACGGGGAGGAGCUGCCAACUUAUGAGCAGGCCAAGGUGCACUCUCAGUAUCUGGCCUCCCACUGGACCCCCACAGGCCCCACCAGGCAGCUCCACGAAGGACUCCUGCACGAGGGGGCCUUCCACGAAGAGGCAGAUCUGAUGGAGCUGAAGUGCAGCCACGUGCGGUCCCUGAGUGAGCAUUGCAUGCAGAUAUCUCUGGAGAGGAGUGAUGCAGCUACUAAAGCAGAGGCCAUCAAGAGCAUCUCUCACAGCUACCCAGAGCUGGCUUACUACGCCCCGCAAGUCCUCCAGAGCACAAGGCAGAGCCUGGACAAGCGCACCCCGCCUCCAGAGUACUCGUCGGCCCCCAUCCAGGGCCACGGAUUUAUCCCUCAUCAGGUCCAGGAGCCGGUGCAGGCACAACAGCUCAGGUACGUCCAGUCGGGUCCGCCAGCUGAAGUGCCCUGCUACAGCGCAUUCAACAGCCUGCCACCUGCUGGCUUGGAGGAGCCCAACCAGGUGGAGCUGCUGCUGAUGGAGAACGAGAGGCUGAGGCAAGAGCUGGAGGCGCACAGGGAAAAGACUGGCCGCAUUCAGAAGUUGGAGCAGGAGAUCCAGCGUAUUUCAGAGGCUUAUGAGACGCUGAUGCAGGGCAGCUGUAAGAGGGAAAACCUGGAGCAGGCACUGAGGAAGAGGCUGGUGGCUGAAAUCAGGAGGCUGCAGGACUUCAACGGAGACCUGAGAGAAAACUUGGAAAAUGCCCGAACGCACAUUGCAAAAGAAGUAGAAGCAGCCGACCAUAACCAGCACAUCAUGGCGAAACUCCUUGAACAAAACGAGGAGCAGAACUCCGAGCGGGAGCGCGUCGAGCGGGAGCUGGAGCGGUUCAGAUCCACAGCGGAGGAGCAGAGCCUGAGGGCGAAGCGGCUGGAGGAGGCCCUGGACGCGGCUCGCGGUCGGGGUCGCCAGCUCGAGGAGGAGUUGAGGAGAAAGAGGGCUUAUGUGGAGAAGGUGGAGAGACUUCAGAGUGCGCUGGCUCAGCUCCAGUCCACCUGUGAGAAGAGGGAGACCCUGGAGAUGAAGCUGAGGACACGGCUAGAGCAGGAGCUCAGGAGUCUGAGGGCACAACAGAGGCAAUCCCAGCCACCAGGAGUGACCAUGGGCUCCCUCCAUGAGCGCCUGCGGGAGCGCGAGGAGAGAAUCCUGGCCCUCGAGGCUGACAUGGUGCGCUGGGAGCAGAAGUACCUCGAGGAGAGCACCAUGAGGCAGUUUGCAAUGGAGGUGGCUGCCACGGCCGCUGCCCAGAGAGACACCACCAUCAUUAACCACUCGCCGUGCCACUCCUCCAACAACAGUUUCAACGAGGACCUGCCAGUUGCUGACUACAGGAAUCAGGAGAUGGAGAGCAGGAUCCGCGCUCUUUACGCUCAGAUUUUGGAAAAGGAUGCUGUGAUCAAGAUCCUCAACCAGCGGCUGCAUCAGGACCAAGGGAGGAAGGACGAACAAAGCCCCCCCCGCACGAACCUCCUGAAUACAGCGGGGGCGCCGCUCCGACCGGCGUCAUCCAACACCUCCAUCGGCAGCGCCAAGAGCAACGGAAGGAGUAGUGGUAUGAGACUCUCAGAUGACCAGACGUCGCCAACCUGUCCGUUCUCCACUCAGUCCGAACCUGGAACGCUAGAGCGGCGGCUCAAGUGGGCGAAAGCCAAGGAGGCUGCCAGCACAGCGAAGCUCAACAGCGACAAAGCAGCGUCCAAGAAGUCGCUCUUAAACCCCUUCAGAGGCCUGGAUGAGCUGGAGUCAGAGGCAGUGGAAAUCUUCAUUUAAGGAACCGAGAGGUGGAUUUUGAAUGAGGGGAAAAACAAUUCUGAGAAUCUGUGAAGAGUGCAAGUCUUUGAAUAGAGAGUGGAUACAAUAUUAGAUGCAAGAAUGUCGUGGAAAGAGGCCAAAGCACGAAGAAGAAGAAGAAAAGGACUGCUUUAACAUUUUGAGAAUAAGAGCUGGGCUCCGACUCACUCUCACUGAGAUGGACAGCUGCAGGCGGUCUGCCCAGCUGGAAGAGAAAAGAUGAAUCUUCUGAGGUACUGAGGACAGUAUUGUGGAUUGUAAUAGGGCAACAGAGAGUGUAUGCCAAAAUAUUUAUAUAAAUAUAUGUAUAUAUAUUUAUAUUUAUAUAUAUAUAUAAACAUAUAUAAUUGCUGCUCCCCCUCCCUUAUCUCCCCCUUCAUCUCCUUUCCCAACCCAGUGAAUUAAGAAGCUACAUAUUUAUCUUACCUGGUUUCCACAUUCCCCAAAUAUUAACUUAACCCUCGUGCUCUUCUCGAUAAAUAUUCAAUAAAAGGUCAUCUACGUGACCUCCAUUCCCCCCGCUUUCUAAAAUAAUAAAAUAAUCCGUUGAUUCGAGUAACCUCAUUCCCAUCACAUGGAUCUUAUCUGUUUGGAAGACUUCCCUUUGUUCAAUAAUUUAAGCUCAUAACACAUGAAACACUGCUGAUGUGAACGCUGUCGCGGUCCACGUGUCCAGCGCCGGAGCAGCCGGCUCUGCACCGGCUCGGAGGUGUGUGUGUGUGUGUGUGGACGAUGAGUUGCAUAACACACAGAAGACCGACCGAGACAGACGCGGUGUUGUUUGUCCUGUUUUGGUAGGGUGUUGCAUCAUGGUGUUGAUUUCAUCAUUUGCUUUUCGGGGUGACUUUUUCCUUCUUUUAAGUAUGUGUGUGUGUGUGUGUGUGAUUACGGUAUGUGAGUGUGAGUUUCCUGGUGUGGUGAUUCUGCUGGCCGGCUCACCAUCGAGGGACACGAGUUGAAAACUAGGCCGUGUUUAGUGUGUACUGUGUACUGUGAGCUUUGAACUAACAAACAGGUUAAUUAUUAUUAUUAUUAUUAUUAUAUUUUAUACAGAUGUUUGUAUUGUUGUUUUAGAUAGUGCUUUGAGCGGCUGCCAAAGAGUUUUAUGUAUGUUUGUUGUAAGUUAUGUGCCGACAAUCACGGUCAUGUCAAGCUGUACACAACCAACCAAGUGUUGACUUAAAACAGACAUUUCUGUGAACUUCAAACCAUAUGAAGGUUUUUACAGUUGAAUUCAUGCAACAUUUCAUAAAGCAAUAAAACAUUCUAAUAUACAUUAA